CUCAGCUCAGACACGGCGGCGUGUGCUCCCUCGGUACAGGACAAACUUCAUGUAUUAGUUACGAUCAGUUCGGUUCUCCCCAACACGGCCUGCGUAGCUCGUAUAAAACUUGCGGCGGCCACCUGCUGGCGUCAGACGCAAAGACCCCGGGUCGUGAUUUACCGUGAUGGUGAUGGAACUUCAAGCGGAGAAGAGGUUCCACAACUUGACCCUUGAGCAAAUUCAAGCUCUGGACGAGGUCUUGACUGAGGUCAUCCCCAUCCACGGACGAGGAAACUUUCCCACCCUGCAGGUGAGAGCGAAAGAUAUCAUUCGUGUGGUGAGGGAUCGGCUGAUUGAAAGGAGCAUCCAGGUUAAAGAUAUACGGCUAAAUGGCGCGACUGCCAGCCACGUUCUGGUGAGAGACAACUGCAUGGGCUAUAGAGACCUAGACAUCAUUUUUGGAGUGGAGCUGCCCAGGCAGGAAGACCUUCAGGUGAUAAAGGAGGUGGUUCUGAGCAGCCUACGAGACCUCCUCCCUUGUGGGGUUAACCGGCGGAAGAUCACCUCCAUGACCAUGAAGGAGGCCUACGUGCAAAAGAUGGUGAAAGUCUUCAAUGAGCAUGACAGAUGGAGCCUCAUCUCGCUUUCUAACAACAGAGCUAAAACCGUGGGGCUCCGAUUCAUCAGCUCCCUUCGAAGGCAGUUUGAGUUCAGCGUGGACUCCUUCCAGAUAAUACUGGACCGUAUGCUGGAGUCUUACUGGGAGACCGAACGGAGGCAGGGAGGAAAGCCGUCAUUGAAUGCUGGGGAUUUGUCUAAAAGAGACAAUGAGCAGGAAAAAAAAGCCAUGCCAAGCAUUCCUCAGGGUGCUGAAGCCGCUGUGGAAAAAGACUCUGGCGGCGAAGGUCCACUGUCGAUUGAAGGAGCUUCUGUGCUUGAGAAAAAUCGUCCACGUGCCAUGGUUGAGCACGUGGAUGGAAAGCAAAAGGCACAAGCGCCGUUAGAACACGAGGGCAUCGACGUGCAGCAGGAGGAAGUGGACAUCACAGAGGGCCUUCAUGCAGAGAACGCCAUUGUGUUUGAGCUAUGUGAAGGCAACGGAGAAGAGAAAGGACUGUUCCACAGUGAUUAUCCUGCACUCUCAUCUCCUGAAGCUUUACUAACAGAUGUCACAGGUCCGCUGAUGCCACAUGGAUGUUUGAAGCCACAGAGCAAUGAACAGCUGUCUGGAAAAGGACCGGAAAAGGCCGCUCCACCGGAAAACCUGCAUUGUGCAGAGACGGCUCAGUUCAAAGUCGACUCCGUGAACUGCAGCGCUGAAACUACGGCAAGCUCCGAAGAUUCACUACAUGACUAUUCCUUUCCUCCGCCGGCUAAGAAAACUUGCAGCACAUCACAGGGCGUCCUACCGGACUUUUGCCCUUCACCAAAACUACAAAGGAAAAUGUCGAGGAAGCUGAUCGUUAAGCCUGAGAAAUGGUCUUUACUGACUGAUUUGUCAGAUCUCACAACACAGCUGUUUCCGCCCAUAGAUAUACCCAAACCCCUUCAGCCUCCCUCAAUGGACAACGCUCAAGUUCAGGCCUCACAUGUCCCGGCCUCCAAGCCACAGACCUUUGACGCCCUUUCAGCCGGCACACUUUGUGGCUCCAAGGAAACCGCGGAACAAACCGUGAGGCCGAAACACUCGAAGAAGCCCCCCGACUCCCAAACGCAAAGCUGCGCACGUGCAGCGGACGCUCCGAUCAACGAGCAACCGCCGCAGCAGGCCGCCGCGGCGAGCUCCUGGGCCGGGGCCGCGGGGGAGCCCGCCAUCACCGUCGAAGCCGAGUGCAUGCACGGGGACUUCGAACAGGCGAUGGACCACCUCCGCCGCCGCCUCAUCGCCACGCGCAGCCCGGAGGAGAUCCGGGGCGGCGGCCUGCUGAAGUACAGCGACCUGCUGGUGAGGAACUUCAGACCGGCCAGCGAGACCGAGAUCAAGUCCUUGGAGCGGUACAUGUGCUCCCGCUUCUUCAUCGACUUCCCCGACGUGAGCGAGCAGCAGCGCAAGGUCGAGGCCUACCUGAGGUGCCACUUCGUCGGCAACGAGGAGACCAGCAAGUACGACUACCUGAUGACCCUGCGGCGCGUGAUAGACGAGAGCACGGUGUGCUUGAUGGGACACGAGAGGAGGCAGACGCUCAACAUGAUCACGGUCCUGGCUCUGAGGGUGCUGGGCGAGCAGAACGCCAUCCCCAACACGGCCAACGUCACCUGCUUCUAUCAGCCGGCGGCGUACGUGACGGAGCCCAUCUACAGCAGCUACUUUGUCGCCCAGGCCCAGCCCCCGCUGGUCUACCACCCGUACCCGCUCCACGUCCACGUGCACACCGGCCUGGUGUAGCCGCGGUGACGUGGCCACGGAUGGUAGGUUUUAAAAGAAACAACACGGCGCGUUGUUGUUGUUGUUGGUUGCUUGGCCCCCCCACAAUCCCCCCGCCUGCUUGCCUGACAGGAGAGAUCAUAAAAAAAGGCCUGAACUGGAAAGGGAAGGCAAUUAACGCAUGUAACCCUUUCAAAAUGAACACUUUUCGGGGAGGAAAGAAGUGAGCCCUGCUUGUCCCGACAGCGUUUGAGUGGAUGGCGGUUUCAGCUCGGCUUCGGCUCGACACUGCCUACAUCCCGUGUUGAGGAGGAUGUUGUCAUGGGACGAUUCUCCAAAGGCUUCAAGAUACACGUCUCCAACGUGAUAACGUCCCGUUGGCAGAGUAAGUGAUUUAGGUGGGUUAAAUACAUGAUGACUUGUCGAUGUUUCUGAGGCUUUAGAAACCUCAUAUAGCUGUUUGGUGAACCAUCAGUCUCUGUGGAGUAAAUUCUAGCACUUGAGCAUAUCUUUGCAUUCACUGUAUAGAUGGAAGCUUCAGAGAGGACAUUUUCUGUGGUGUGUCCGUGUUGACGUGAGUUUUAUAUUUGUGAAAGUAAACCACCUAAUUCAAAGGUAGAAGAAGGAGAUCCGAGUAGGUUCCAUUAGGGACUGUAUCAAAAGGAGCGUGGUGGUGACGUGAGGCUUACCCUCUUUAUUUAUUGAAGACUGCCAUCUUCACCUGGACGGUGGCCGGGCAUCGUGUGCAAACAACACACCAACUGUCUACAGUUUGACAGAGUUUAAUUUAAAUGUUCAAGUGUUUAGUUGUGCUUUUGCAUUGUAACAUUUAGGAAUAGUGUGAGAGGUUACAAAUGUGCUGUGAUCUCAUCCCUUAAUUCACUUGUCUUUGAUUCUCAUCUGAAAUGCAUCACAAGGAUUUACUGAUGGUAUUAUGAGGGGUGUCGUGGCUUUUUUUUUUCACCUGCAAACAAAGAGUUGAAUUCAGUUUUACCCAAAGUGCAACAGGCCGAGUCGUCUUUCUGCGUGUUCCACAUGUUAGUUUGUUUGUUGUAGUGGAUCUAGAGAAUGCAAAAAUGUUGCUGCACAUUUCAAUUAUUCACUGCAUCCAGCAGGUUUUGCACUCGGUCCCUGUGUGCUUGUUCACUGUCUGUGCACAGCUACAGUACAUGUACUCAUAUAUAUAUUCAUGAGAAGAGACGUAAGCACCGGGCAGGAUAUCUGAGCUGUUCUGAAGCACAAUGUAAAUGCAAUUAACUGUUGUUAAGUAAUGAUAUUGUGAAUCUGUAAACAUCCAGUAUGAUAAAACUCAUGUGUGCCGUUGCCCUCUGUAGCUUUGAGGAGAUGCAUCUAUCUCGAGAGCAGUCGAGGAAAUAAAAUAGUCCUGUUGUAUGUAUUUGCUCAGAUGGUUGCGUUGCAGUGCUAAUAAAUAUAACACAAACUGCU